AUGAACACUAAUUUUGAAAUUGGUCAGAAAGUAAUUUUAGAUUUAAAUGUAGAAAGUUUUGUUGGCAACAUAUGUUCGAUUGAUUCAAACCAUAUGAGAAUACGAUUGAAAAACGUGGAAAAUCUGCAAACUAAAAUUAAAUAUUCAGGAAUACAAAAUUUUUAUUUUUCCAACAUUAAAUCAAUUAUUCCAUUAUAUGAUGAUCAAAUUCAGGAAAGUGCUUUAGAACCUACAUCAUUUUCAUCACCUCAAGAAGAUAACAAUCUAUUUGAAAAAAAGGAUACAAAUAAUAGAAAUGUAAAAGUUGAACUAUCAAAACAGGAAUGGGAUUCAAUAAAUAUAACUUUAGAUAAUAUAAAAUUGCUACAUCAAAAUGAUGUAUCAUAUUUCGAAGCAAUAAAAGAUUUAAGUAGUCAGGAAAGUUAUGUCAUUUUAAUGGAAGAUUGUAAUUUUGGACGAAACAAUUUAUCAACUAUUAUUACAUUAUAUUCACCAAUUACUAAGCUAGUCUAUAUAUUCGAUAUGAUAUGCAUGCGAAAAAUUCAAAAAGAGCUCCGACAAAUUUUAGAAUUGGAAAAGCCUAGAAAAAUUAUGUAUGAUAGUAAAAUAUUAUGUGAUCAUUUAAAAUAUGCACAAAAUGUUAAAAGUAUAAAUGGAAUUUUUGACGUUUUAGUUGCUUAUCUAGUUACUUUUAAAGAAGAAAAAAGUUUAGAUUUGAUAUCGUGCGUUAAUAAAUAUUUCUUAAUCCCGACAAACUAUUUUAAGACUCAAAUUAAUUGGCGUGUACGUCCACUUUCUUCAGAUCAUAUUCAAUUUACAGCUAAAAAAGCAAUAUUUUUGUAUAAAUUAUAUGAUUAUUUAUUGCAUGAACAUUUAUUAAAGCAGUUUUAUCAAACAUGCCAAAUAUUUUCGUCUACAUAUUGUGAAAAUAAUGAUAAAGUUGAAGUAGCUCAUUUAAUGUCAAAUAAUGAUAAUACAGCAGAUAAAUUAGCGCAAGAGACUGAUGUAGAAUUAUCUUUUUCAAUAGAACGAUUUGGUUUACAAGAAACAAAUUAGAAAAAUAACAAAGACAUUUUUUAGUAAGUUCCCAUUUCAUGUAGUUAAAUAUAUCUUGAUCUUUUUUUUCUUUUUGUAAAUUUUGUAUCUAUUUAUAGAGCAACGUCAAGAUAAAUAAAAAUUAAGUUAGAUAUGAAAAAUGGACAGUAAUAAUUCAAGAGAAAUUCUUUGCAAAAAAUUAGACCCUUUGCCCUUACGUAUUUAAAUAUUUGUUCCAUUUGUAUAUAAAAAAUUAUAUAUGCAUUCAAAUAUUCGAAAAAACAAAAAUUACCAUUGGUUAUUUCUACACAAGUUUUCUUAUUUCAUCAUAGAUCUUAAAUUUUUGAUAGAAUUAAAUUCUAACUUGAACCAGCCCAAGUCCUUUAUAAACCGAACUUUAAAUGCCUGGCAUUUACAUUUACAACAAGCUCGUAACUCUCAAAAAGAAAUGCGAUCCAAGAAAUUUAUCUGUUUUAUCCAUGCUAAAGUUGGGCAUGAACACUGAAAAUGAGCCAUCCACUCAUUUUCUAAUAACAUAACUCGGUUAUCUUAUUGAAAAAUAAUAAACUUUUUCUCGUGAACGUGUUUUUUUUUUCAGAAAAUAUUAUUAUUUAAUUUUUUGAUAAGUUGUAUAAAUUUUUACAUGUACUUGGACUUUAAUAACUUUGUUUUUAUUUAAUCAGAUUAUAUUAAAUCUAGUCUCGGGGUUUAUUUUUUAAUAAGUGAGUUAUCUUAUAGUGGGAUGCUUUUAUUUGAUUUGUGUAAAAGCGUUGAUCAUGUUACACAGCUUUAUAAUAUAGGAGACUGAACAAUCCAGAUGAUUGUCAAGAAUUAUAAUUUAACUGAAUUAUUUUUUAAUUUUUAUCACGUCAAGAGAGUUAAAUGCAUUCAAUUUCUUUUAUUUUAUUUUCUCUAAGAUUGAGCUUUCCUAUUCCACAUUUUUAACUUGAAAGUAUUUAUUUACUUACUUAAUUUGUUUUUAUAAUUG